AUGAGCCGGCUUACUCACCAUCUGCGGCAGGCCACGCGCAAUGUAGCAAUCGUUCCAAGGAGGAUACAUCACGUGAACUGGUUCAAUUCUCGAGUCUUCUCCAGGCGUAUUCAUCAGGAAUAUGCUAGGGAGACAGGGAGGAUUGUAGGCAGUGAUGAGACCAGAUCAGAAGGGAACAAGGAUGGAUCCGUUGGGUUCGGCGUGGAGGAACCUUCCGGGAAACCGACUGGAGAGAAGGUAGAACUACUGAAGCAAGGUGCCUUGACUCCUGACACAGAUGGCACGCCACCCAUAAGCAAAUAUCGAGAUCAACAAGAAUUCGUUGAUGUUGAGACAGUGCAGCAGUCUGGUCUGAAUACGAGACCGAACUUAUCUGAUGCGGUGGCUCAUCCGCGGCUUGGACGAUCUGACCGAAACGAGUCUUUUCAGAACAGUGAGCAGACAGAGGGGCCAAAAAUACGUAGGACACUCUCUAAGAAGCAGAAUACAAAAAUCAUCAGAAGAUUAUCGCGCGUAGUAAACAGCACCAGAGAAGAGGCCAGAACAAAGCAUCUGCUUGUCAAAGCCGGAGUUACAUCGUCAGAUAUUAUCAAUCCUCUCCCGCAACCCACGGAAGAGCAUUUGGCGAUGGAGGGCGAGCAAAAUGAGAAAGUUGACCUGUAUCAGAUGGCGAAACGCUCAUGUACGCUCGAGUGUGAAUUUCCAGAGAAAACUAUGAAGGAGGAUUUGCUCGCAGCAAUCAAAGCUCUAGAGCCCCCCGCAUGGAAGGUAGCUGGCUACCAAUCCGUUGUCCUUCUAUUCACGCCGAGCUUUGCUGCAAUGGUUGAAAACGAUGCUACUUUCGUCCCGGACGUUCUCAAAGCCUUGACAUUCAAGAGGCAAUGGAUAUAUGAAAUUUCUAAAAUCCAAACAAGACUCAAAGUAGAUGUUGUCUGCGCAUGUGUUGAUGGUCUAUCUCCAGUCCCAGAAAUCUUGCUAGCAUCUGUAGGCACACGGCAAAAGGAGGGGUUUUCAAUCCUGUAUGGCCCAGAGUGUGAGCCGAUUUACUCCCCCCCGAACGAGAUUGAGCGACCACCAUCUUCCAGCCCUUCAAUGCAGUCCAGCGUCACGAUUCGUAAAGGUCAAAAAACUUCAGCAGACAUCACCUUGCCACUUGCCAAUACUCUAUUUAAGACCGGCCGGCUCUCAACAUUGCUUGUUUCGAGCUGGGAGUACAAUCAUGACCAAAAGGACUUCUUUGCUGUCAAAGAGCCAGUGGAGCGGGAAAAUGUAGUAAUAAAAAUGUUCGAGGAAGUGGAACAAACGCUGCCCAAAUCUUUCAUACCGGCUAUUGCACUAACACCCUUACGACCGAUUGUCAGUGGACUUGGAAACAUAGUACGAACAAUCGAUUUUGGUGGUGAGGAGGGCAUUGGGCCAGCGUCUCGCGAGCUGGAGUCUACUGUGACUAAAUAUCUCAACACCAUGGGAUACGGAAACACUACUAUCGACGUAUGGGCUCUGGUCGUACCUCCAGAAUCAGGGUCAACCUCACUCAAGAUGGGAUCUCAUAAUCCGAUCCCGAAACCAUUGUCUUUUACCGUCGAGGAGCUUCAAAGGCAGUGGUUGGUCUCAAACAACAUGAGCCAAUAUUCUCAGCUCGGAAGGUUGAUUCCAAAUAUGAGCGCGCAACUUUGCCGUGUCCUAAGUGGCGGUGGUGGAUGGGGAGCAAAGCAAGGCCUGCUGUCUCUAGAUCCACAGACAACAUACAGCGAAGUCCCCGAAGCACGCUUCGACUUCUCGGGUGGAUCGUUAGAAGAACAACAAAAUUCUGCGCUAGGCAAUAUAGCACAAGAAGGAGCCUUGAUCCAGUUCUUCGUCGCACGUCGCGACCCUUCUCCCCAUAAAUAUCAACCGCGCGUAGAUUGCAUCGAAGGUCGCAAGCCCUCCAUGAGACAAUCGGCUGUCUUCGGCGCAGUUCCCAGCACUGUGGACGAUAUCCCUACACCGGCACCUGAAACCAGCGAAGAGUCUACAGACAAACCCAGGGAUCCUUUCACCUUCCGAUAUGGCCAUUUUGGAUUUGUGUCCGAGUCUGGAAUGUUCGUGCGCCAUAGUCAGCACCCCACACCCGACCAACCACUUCCACCGGAUAGUUUUGCCAAAGUCGACCUUCCCUACUCGUAUUUCUACAAUGACUACAGGAAACCCAAACCAAAGAAUGAACAGGAGCAGAAAUUGGUGAUUCGAAAAGUUCCCUAUAUAAGGAAGGAUCUCAUUCGUCGAAUUGGAGUGUCGACCUAG